CUCACAUGUGACAGCGGAAGGUCAGACAUGGCGUCGUGCUGCACAAACCUCCACAAAUGCGCACUUUAUUUACGAUCCUUACGACUCCAGCAGCGCCAGCAUGAACGGAUGUUGUCCACUUCGACGUGUUUUCUCUCUCCCGGGGACAAACCAGGAAAAUUCAUCCCUCCCUCCAAACCUGUGAUCAUCGACAAGACGCAGACGGCAGCGUCUCAGCGCAAGUUCCUGAGCCCUGAGUUCGUCCCUCCCCGACAAAGAACAAACCCGCUCAAGUUUUCCAUGGAGCGGAAAGACAUGAUCCGAAGGAGGAAAGUCCUGGAGAUCCCGGAGUUCUACGCUGGGAGUAUUCUGGCCGUGACGAUGUCCGAUCCAAACGCCAGCGGGAAAGUCCAUCGUUUUGUGGGGAUCUGUAUCCAGAGAAGAGGGAACGGGCUGGGGGCCACGUUUGUGCUCCGGAACAUCAUCGACAACCAAGGAGUGGAGAUCUGCUACGAGCUGUAUAACCCUCGUAUCCAGCAGGUGGAGCUGUUGAAGCUGGAGAAGAGACUGGACGACAAUCUUAUGUACCUGAGAGACGCUCUGCCCGAGUACAGCACCGUGGACCCCGACAUGAAGCCUGUGCCAGCGCCCUCUUCUGGAGAAGUGCCUCUAAACAAGAUGAAGGUGAGGAUGCGUCCCAAGCCGUGGUCCAAGCGCUGGGAGAGGCCCAAGUACAACGUCCAGGGCAUCGCCUUUGAUCAGAUCCUGAGCCCCGAGCAGCUGGAGCACGCUCAGAAGUGGGCCCAGCCUUGGCUCGAGUACGACAUGCUCAAAGAGUACGACACCAGCCGCUUGCGGGAGGAGCUCCAGGCCGAGUACGACAGGGAGAUGGCACAACAGCCGUCAUGAGAGCGGAGAGACGUGUCCAAAACUGAAAACAGGAUUCAACACGAGACCAGAGCGCUCACAGACGGACUUAUAUUUAUAUUUACUGUGUCAAAGGCUGAGAACUGAAUGAAGGACAGGGACAAACGGUUCAUAUAUUUGGAUAUUCUUAAAGUAAACAUAUGCUAAAUGGACUUUUAAUGGUUUCUUCUCAGUGUUUGUUGAACUAUGACAUGCAUAGAUCAUUAUUUCCCAUUUUGGUCACGUCGUAUUUUAAGUGUAAUAUUGAUUUGAAACAACUCAAUUAGGGCUGAACGAUUUUAAGAAAAAACUAAAUUUUUCUGGCAGAUAUUUCGAUUUCAUCCACCUUUUUUUUUUUUCAAAUGAAGUUUCAGUGCACUCGAACAUUUGCAAACAUCACAGAAACUUGCAUGAUACUCAAGUCCUGCACUGACGAUUUGACGCUGGACCGUAAAUGUAAAGAUCAAUUUACGCAGACAAUAAGGGCUGUGAUUGGUCCUCUCUACCACCGCUCCUCAUACAUUCUGUGCUCCACUUUCCUGUUUAAUGCAGCUUUGGCACGUUUGUUUACAUUUUACAGACGAAACUUAAAACCACACGGCUCAUUUGCAUAAACUAUAAGCGCUGAAAAAAAAACUGCUCGCUCCUUGAUGCGGUUCAGCUUCUGUCGGACUAACGCUGCGUUCAGACUGCAGGGCUUAACGCUCAAUUUAGAUUUUUUUGGUGAAAUCCGAUGUUUUUGCGACGUCGUUCACAUUUCCAAUUAAAUGUGACUUGUCUGUGACUCCAGUGUGAACGUUGAACAGUCCAAAAGUGUUCCCACAUGUGCACUGGAGACACGACGACGUCAACCGCAGCGAGCGUCUCUGUGUUUACGGAAGUUGUCCAAACAUGGACGCAGCAUCGAGCACCUGGAGAUUUUAAAGUUCCUCUCGUACCGGAGCCAGAACAUGAACAACUUACUUGUUUUAAGGAGGAGAUUGAGAAGGAGAAGGACGAGGUUUUUGGCGUUUUGGUGUUUUGUGGGACAGCGGCAGCGACGUCUGUUGAAAGGAACAUGUGGGUGCUAGAGGUGCGCGGAUGGGCUACUUUUUCAUCCGCAACCGCAUCACAAAACUCAUCAUCCGCCCGCUGUCCAUUUGCAACCACAGUUUUUAACCAGUUUUCAAAACCGCACCCGCCCGCCAUCCACUCGGUCCCCUCCCAUUUCCUCCGAGAUCAGAGUUUUUUAUUUGAGUAGUGAAACCGCCACCCGCCCGAAUUUAAUUAAAAUAUUAUUUUUCGUCACGUCAUCCGCCCGACUCGCGGUUUAGCCGCGGAGUCCGCAGCUGUAACCGCCAUCCGCGCAUCUCUAGUGGGUGCAGAGACGUAGCCAAGAGUGGUGAGUGGUGAUGUGCGUUGCUUCAGUGACACAGAGUUCAGCGCAGAAUAGUGACGUUUGUGGCUUGUUGAUAACGUGUAGGUUGGAUGAAUGCGCUUUGGCCGUUCACACUGAAGUCAGGACAUGACUCAGUGGAAUAUGAGUGUUCUUUCUGUGAUAGAGGAUGUGCUGCUGAUGGUGAGUCUGUUCUGUGCUUCUAUCGCGUUGGAGAUGGUUCAUGUUAAACUUUACAUGAACACCAGGUUUAAAUCCUAGCUUCCUCGCUUUGUGGCGGUGAAUUACUUUGGUGCACAUAAACCUCCACACAGACCCAUAAAUCAAAAAUGACGGCGACAAAGCGACUGCGGCAGUGUGCAUCAAUGCAGAACCAAACUUCGCCCUUAAAUUGGGCUUUAGGAGCACUGCAAAAAACUGUAGCUUUGACGCUCCCAAAAUUGUGUUAUCUGAGAUCGCAAUUUUCAGUUCAAAACAAUAGAUCGUUCGUCCCUAAACUCAAUAACAGAAAGAGGUCCAGUGAUACAACUCUGAGUAUACUAAAAAUGAGGGAACACUGUUAUAACAUGCCUAAAAGCUCAUGAAAGUCUUUUUUUUGCGUAAUAUUUCCCUUUUAAAACUCACUUCAGCUUGUAUUCCAAUUGCACCCCACCUACCCCAUACAUUCUAACUGCUCUGUACUGACAUUUUACUUUAUCCCACUUUUCAAAAUAAUAAUUAUCAUGUACAAACAAACUAAAAACUUCUUUUAGAUUCUCAGCCUUUGACUUGCAAACUGUCGCAGCUUUAUCGUUCCCACGUGUGCUCCUGCAAACACACGGACGCCACUGUUGAAUUGUUUGUUGUUUUGGAAAUGUUUGAAAAUGUAAAUAGUAAUGAAACCGUGAACGCGCUUUAAACAUGAUUUAUAUAAUAAAAGUC